AUGCUCUCACGUGUUGCUGCUGUGAAGGUACCCCGCACACACAACCAUUGCGGCGUGACCGGAUCCAGCGGAAGGAGGGAAGGAAGAGAGAGUGAGCCGCAGAGGCCCAACAUGUCCCGGCGUGUGUCUACUUCCGCGGUGCUCCUCCUCGUCGUGAUGGUGUGCUGCGGCAGUGGAGCCGCGCACGCUGAGCAGACAGGGGCCGCUGUUGAUCCUUUUACAGGGACGACGUCGAUACCGCUUGCUAAUUGGAAGGAGUCUAACGAGGCCGGAAGGAAAAUCACCUCGCUCCGUGUUUCUGGCCUUGUUAAAGUGGGUGAAGAUGUAUUUGCCGUUGCUGAAGCGCAGUGCGGGGAGGAGAACGGAUCCGGCCGCCGUGCUGGGAUUGUCUCAAAGCACCUGAAUAUAAGUGAUGACCCAUUGGAUAUUUCUACGUCGGAUAUAAGUUUGUUUUGCAUGCAUCUUGGGGACACCACCGCGAAUAAUUUUGGGACAACGGAAGUCUUGCGACCAACGACGCUUGUGCUUGGGGACAGUGUUUACAUGCUCCUGGGAAACCAAAGCCGUACAAAGCCGCAGGUUGGGGGUAAGAAUGAGCGGGGCCUUUUACUCGUGAAGGGAACUGUCAUGGUGGAUGGUGGAAAGAAGAAGAAACUUGUGUGGAAUGAGACACAUACAGUGGAGCCUCAAGGCAGAGGAGAUUCUUAUUCCUUGACCGAGUUAACUGGCGGUGGAGGAUCGGGCGCUGUGAUGUGUGACGGCGCGCUUGUGUUUCCCAUGCAGGCCAAAGGCAACGAUGGAACGAGCGUUUUGCUGUCUAUGCGUCUCUCCAAGUCGGAGGACAAAUGGUGGCUUUCGCAAAAAACGCCUGGUAACGGCUGCAGGGAUCCAACCCUGGUGAAGUGGGAAGACCAAUACGACGAAAGACUCUUCAUGAUGGCUCAUUGUGCUGGAGGCUACUAUGACGUUUACAGGUCCACUGAGAAUGGGUACAAUUGGAAUCCAGAUGGUGAGCCAAUUACCCGCGUUUGGGGCAACUCACAUGAUCGAAAGGGGCAUGGCGUCCAGAGUGGAUCCACCACCGCAAUCAUUGAGGGUAAGGAGGUGAUGCUCAUCACCGCGCCGGUGUAUCCGAAGGAAGACAAUGGAGAGGGUCGGCUUCAUCUUUGGGUGACGGACAAUGCACGUGUGCAUGAUGUUGGGCCGGUAUCUCGUAAAGAUGGUGACGCCGCCGCGAGCUCGCUGUUGAUAAAAGAUAAUAAUAGUGAGUUGAUUUCACUGUACGAGAACAAGAAGAGCGACGGGUCAUACAUUCUUGUCGCUGUGCGUCUGACCGAGAAACUGGAGCGGGUAAAGGAAGUGGUGAAUAAAUGGAAGGAUUUGGACAGCGCCUUGUAUUCAUGCCGUUCCGCUUCCAGCGGCACUGUUGACGCGCGCAAAAAGGGUAUUUGUAAUGGAACUUUUCCCACCAAGGGGGUUGUUGGCUUCUUGUCUGGUAACUUCUCUGUGACCGAGUGGCGAGACGAGUACCUCGGCGUGAACGCCAUUGUCCAUGGGCCGGCGGAAAAAAGGAUAGGGGUUCCCAAUGGAGUGACGUUCAAAGGGUCCAGUGCAGGGGCGGUGUGGCCUGUUGGCGACAUGGGGCAGACUGUGCCGUACUACUUUGCGAACAACAAGUUCACUCUUGUGGCGACGGUGUCCAUCCAUGAGGUGCCGAAGGAAGACAGCAGGCCCUUGAUGGGUGUGAGGAUGAACGACACCGACAGCACGGUGCUCUUUGGUCUGUCGUACACCCAUGAAAAGAAGUGGCUGGCCAUAGCGGGGAAUCGUGCUACUUCGAAGCUCGUCGAUGAGUGGGAGCCAAACAAGACAUAUCAGGUGGUACUGCGAAUGGAUUUCUAUUCUUGGACUGUCAUUGUAGAUAAAAAGGAAAUCCACCACCAGAGAUACAAUACGAGUCUGUUCGACUCGCACAGGAUUUCACACUUCUACAUCGGUGGGGACAGUAAGCACCAAAGUGCAACGGGGGGCCACGUGACGGUGACCAACGUCAUGCUGUACAACGAGGAACUGUGGGGAAAUGAUCUGGAUGAACUCCCAGACAGCAAAGUCACUAUUCCAUCACUGGGUGUUGAGGAAAAACCCACCGGUCCGGUGACCAACACAGGCGCUUCGGUUGCUUCCGAGUCAAGGAGUGAAGAAAGCACCGCCAGCCAUGAAUUGGCAGAUGGCGAUACGGAUAAACAAGGGGAAAACAGCCUCCAUAAUCCAGUGCUUGCAGCGUCCUCUUCCACGGUUGUCGGAGGAGCAUCUGUUUCCGAACCUGCCACCGCAACGGAGAGCGCAGAGAAUUCCCGUCAAGAGGACAAUGCCCAGUUUCACCCAGAGGAAUCGGUUCAGCAAGGCACGCUGAAUGAAGACUAUAAAUCGAUGCAACGGGAUUCAGACCUGCAGCCACAAGAACUGCUGUCAGCAGAAUCAACGGGGGUCACUGAUGUUGAAGGAUCCGCUGAAAGUUAUGAUAAAGAACAGCCAGAGGAGGAGGGAGGAACAAAUGACAGGAGUGACGAAUCAACGUCUUCAGUGGGUGCAUCAUCGGAUAUGGAUACGGCCACCGAAACAGUUGACAGUGGGCACCAAGUGCAACAAAGCACUGAGCUUUCCACUGAAAAUGACGACGUGCGGUCCACUGGAACCGGAACCACCGGCGCGGAGCAAAGCCUCUGCCUCGAGGCCGGGGACGGAAAUUCCGAGAGAGCAAUGGGCUCAGACAGCAGCCUCACUCCUUCAAAGAGUGACGCUGAACCGACAUCCGCGGAGAACACUGACAACAUCUCUCGGACUGACGGAGCCGAAUUUUCUUCUGAAGACGGCAAGGAGGUGCCACAGACAGUCGACACCGCACCGGGUAACACAAACACAACGCCUGGAGAAAUCAUGAUCUCAUUGGAGUCCAACGCAACAGCACCCUCGGACGCUGGCAUUUUGCCUGAGCACGGGCAUUACAGCGAGUUGGCGGGCAUGGCUCUAUUUGCUGAGAGCACCGUGCGUGGGUGUGUAUUUCGGGUGUUGUUGCUGCUGCUUCUGGGGCUGUGGGGCGCUGCGGCUCUCUGUUGA